UCUCUGAGCGGGCUCUACCUCGUACAGGAGACGGAGGGGAGGGGUGAGAGAGAGUGAGAGAGAGGGUGAGAGAGUGAGAGAGUGAGAGAGAGAGUGAGAGCCCUCCACGCAUGGAGCUGAGCCCGGGGGCCUCGCUGGACAUGUCUCCGGAGGACGGAGAGGACUAUGAGGACUAUGAGAGCCUCGGGCAGCACGUCUCCGUGACCACGCACAUGACCGCCGGAGCCGUGGCCGGCGUGCUGGAGCACACCGUCAUGUACCCCGUGGACUCCGUCAAGACGAGGAUGCAGAGCCUGCAGCCAGAUCCAAAUGCACAGUACAGGGGUGUGUAUCAGGCUCUGAAAAGGAUCAUCCAGACCGAGGGGCUCUUCAGACCGCUGAGGGGCCUCAACAUCACCAUGUUGGGAGCGGGGCCCGCACAUGCGCUCUACUUUGCCUGCUAUGAACGGGUCAAACGUUCACUUAGUGACGUCAUUCAGAGCGGAGGAAACAGCCAUUUAGCCAAUGGUUUGGCGGGAAGUGUGGCCACUGUUCUCCAUGAUGCAAUCAUGAACCCAGCAGAAGUGGUAAAGCAGAGGAUGCAAAUGUACAACUCGCCAUAUCGAGGACUUUUAGACUGCCUCCAAACAGUAACGCGUACUGAGGGUUUGGGAGCCUUUUACCGCAGCUACAGCACCCAGCUGACCAUGAACAUCCCUUUCCAGGCCGUUCACUUCAUCACAUACGAGCUGAUGCAGGAACAGUUGAACCCUCACAGACAUUACCACCCUGGCAGCCACAUAGUGUCGGGAGCAGCAGCAGGAGCCAUUUCAGCAGCAAUAACCACUCCACUUGACGUUUGUAAAACUCUGCUCAACACACAAGAGAACGUAGCGCUCAACUCCAUGAAUAUCAGCGGACACUUAUCGGGAAUGGCCAACGCCUUCAGGACAGUGUACCGGCUCGGUGGUCUAGCGGCCUUUUUCAAAGGGGCCCAAGCUCGGGUUAUAUACCAGAUGCCCUCCACUGCCAUCGCCUGGUCAGUGUACGAGUUCUUUAAGUACUUCCUGACAAAGCAGCGCAUUGAACAGGAGGCACGACAGAGGCCGAUGUGACGGAAACCACACCACUACUGAAGCUGAUUGAAGAAGACUGCAACCUGAAACUGUGUGAGCUCAGUGUGCGCUGUUUAAGGAAAUAACAUCAGUUAUUGUCUCACAGGGAAGUUGUUACAGGGAGUGGCAGACAAUGGCUUUCCUUAUUGUUCACUCACCUAAAUCUGUGUGUUUUCAACUUAAGGUGUUGCACAACCAGGAUUAUGCAACAGAGAUCCACGUGAAAAGAGUCUAACGGUCGUCGUCUUCUUCCUCUUCCGCCCAACAAUCGCAUGGACCACAACUCUCCAAACUCUUUUUUUUUUAUUUUUCUACAUGAUGAGGCUGUAGAAUUAAGUUUUCUUGAAUGAUGUUUAUAGUUCUAAAAGUUGGAACUUUUAAUUUAUUUUGUUAGCUUUUAGAGGCUUAUAUUUUAAGGAUGUGGAGGAAACACAAUGCUGUUUGUUUGUUUAUUUCAUUGUGUAUUUAUAAAAAGAAAAGACAUCACAACACAUUCCUCAUUUUCAGUCCAGCAGAUGGAACAUUGCGCUUUCCAAGUGUCUCAUUAACAUUAAACACUGCUUCACCCUUUUUUCUUUUUGCCCUAGAAAAUCUUCAUUUCCAUGUUUCUUUUUUCUUUGGUCUUUUUUGCAAAGAAUGUUUUAUUCUGAUAUAAGGUUAAGUCUUAUAGCAGAUCUUUAUGUCAUAACUGAGGUCAAGUUUAACUUGCUUAACUGAAACUUUUUUUUUUUGUCUGCACCACACUCUGCAGCACUUCUAUUUUUGUACAGCAUUUUGAAAAAUACCAUAUUUUCCUACUGAUAGACCCUGUUUCUCUCUCAGUAUCAAGGUGUGUAGGCAGUAAUGGUCCAGUUAUUUGCCUUGUAAAACUAAACAUUGCUCCUGAAUCAUGCACAAUUAAAGUCCCAUUUAAAGAAUCAUACCUGUUGUAGAAAGAAGGCAGCUUGUUUAUAUGUAUUCAGGCGAGGGUGAGUGAGACUGUAUCUAAGAAGAUAUAGUCUCAUCUUGAUCAAACAAUGCUGUUACUUGGGAUGUUGUCCAUUUCUCAACUUUGAUGUGCAUUUGUACUGUUUUUUUUUUUUUUAAUGUGUGUCAUAUUGACCUUGAACCUAAAGGUUGUAGAUUACAUAUUAACUAUUGUUUAAAGUAUGACUGAAACUUCAAAGUGCAGACUUUCUGUUACAUUGUAACUUUUAUUUUAUUUUGAAUCUGGGUGAUCUCUUUGUUACCAUGAGACCAGUAACAGUCUGAUCGGCUGGUGAGCAGGCAAUGCUAUUUCAUUUAUUGUCACUCAUCCUGUUGAAGUUUCACAUUUCCUGUGCACUCUCUGCUCUCGCCAACCUCUUGAAUAUUUUCCAUUCGGCAGUCGAGACAUUCCUCCAGAUAUUGAUGUAAUCAAGCAAGCAGUUAGAUUUAUUUGUUUUUAAUCAUGGAGAUUUUUGUUUUCCUUUGCUGAAGUUCAGAGUUCGUCAGAUUCCAGUGGUCUCACACACCCUCAACAGAUUAUUUGUGCUUGUAGAGUGGGGUGAUGUUACUAUACCAAAGACACGCAUUGUAUUCUAUGCAUCUUACUUUUAACCUGUAAUUGCAAUGCUAUUUGCCUGCCUGUGUGAACUGUCAAGCCACCUUUUUGCCCCAUAGUUUCCAACCAGAGUCGUGUUCAAUUGCUUAAUCACUUGAAUUCUAAAUCCUGUAGAGGCUUAUUGUCAGAAAGGUAUUUUCCAUUUUCCCCUUCAACAUUUUUCAUUGACUCAGCUGAAAAGUGAAAAUUGUAUGUUAUUUUUUUGAAGGUUUUCAAAUAUGUUUGGAAAAUGACAUAGUGACUUAUUUGUUUUUUUUACUUUGUUUUUAGACUGACUACUUGUUUAAAAUUCAGACGCACAAGUGAUAUGGAUCUCACAUAAAUACAUAAACUGUUCCAGCUUGAAUAUAAAAGUGGCUCAAUUAGCAUAGAUUCAUGAUAUGUUUUUCUAAUCGAGUUAAGUGAGUGUGUUGCCCAUUUUGUUCUGUUAGGUGUACUGACAAAACUCCACUCCUGAUAUUAAGUAAAUUAUAUGAUUAAAAAAAAGUAGAAUGAAGCCAUUCAGAUUAGUUUUUAGAUUUAUUGCAAUCAGCACUCUUCCCCCAUCAUAUCUUUAUAUAUUUGGGAUGUUAAUUAAUAAUGGUGAAUCAUAAUUCCCAAAUAGUGUUGCGACACUUGUGUCCGAGUUCUUUAAACGUAUCAAAGUAGUGUUUCUAAUGGAUGCUUACAUUUUAAAGGAGGAAGGAAAUAUUCUAUAUGGUGAUUUUCAUAAUGUAAAUAGUUUAAGUACGCACAAAUGAUUGAAAUAAGAGCUGGGGGGGGUUUGUGAGAUGGCCAUCUCCAGAACAGGAAUGCUGGGAAGUAUGACCAUGCAAAUAUGAAAUGAUUGUGAUAAUGCUGCUACAGUAUGUAACACUGGAGCUGAAAUAAACAUGCAAGU